AUGCAUUCACAGGUUCAAGAAAUCAUUGUUCAAUGUAAUGAAGGCUCAGAUGCCAUGUUUUACAUUGUCCUGGGCUACUUGGGGCUCCUGGCCACCAUCAGUUUCACUGUGGCUUUCUUUGCCAGAAAACUGCCUGAUACUUUUAAUGAAGCCAAGCUGAUCACCUUCAGCAUGCUUGUGUUCUGGAGUCCUAUCAACUUCAACUGUGUCAGAAGAAGGAAUCUGAACUUCUUGCCUAUCCUUGGUGACCUCACCUCCCUCAAUUCCAUCCAGAUGGCCCACAUGUUGAACAUCUACAAGUUUCCACAGCUUCACUACUUUCUGAAAAACACCCGUUUUAAUAACAGUGUGGGAGAAGAAAUUUUUUUUGAUGAGAAAGGGGAGUUUGACCCGGGAUACGACAUCUUCAACUUUGUCUCCUUCCACAAUCAAUCCUUUCAGAGAGUCCAUAUUGGAAAGAUGGUCUCCAAACCUCUUGAUGGGAAGAAAUUCACCAUUAAUGAAAGUGCCAUUGUAUGGAAUCACAAGUUUCAGCAGGUGGGAUAUUUGGCAUACUCAAACUUGGUAGACUAUUAUUUGGAGGUGAAGAUAUUCUUCUCCAAUGACCUGAAAUUCCAGAAGCAAAGGAUGGUGAUGGUACCUCCCCAUGCCAGAUGUGUAGAGAGCUGCCGUCAGGGGUACAGCAGAGUUGUUCAGGAGGGAAAACAUAUUUGUUGCUACAAUUGUAGACAAUGUUCUGAAGGAAGAAUUUCAAUUGAAACAGAUGCUAACCAAUGUGAGAGAUGCCCAGUGGAUCAGUAUUCGAAUGAAGAAAAGAUCCAAUGCCUUCCCAAACGUUUCAGCUAUUUAUCCUAUGGUGAACCCUUGGGAAUCGUUUUGAUUUCCUUGAUCCUUUUCUUUUCAUUAGUUGUCAUUUUGGUGGCACUGGCCUUCAUUCUGCACUGGGACACCCCCAUUGUCAAAGCCAACAACAGGAACAUCACAUGCAUCCUUCUUUCCUCUCUCCUGCUUUGUUUUCUGUGCUCUCUGCUCUUCAUAGGUCGGCCUGGGAAGGUGACUUGCUUUCUCAGGCAAAUUAUGUUUGGCACCAUUUUCUCUCUCUCGGUUUCUUGUGUCUUGGCCAAGACCAUCACGGUUGUUUUGGCCUUCCUGGCCACUAAGCCAGGAAACCAGAUGAGGAAAUGGAUAGGAAACAGACUGGCAGGAUCCAUCAUUGUCUUCUGCUCAUGUAUUCAAGCUAUUAUCUGCAUGAUAUGGUUGAUCAUGUCUACUCCCUUCCCUGAGUGGGACAUGCAUUCGCAGGUUCAAGAGAUCAUUGUUCAAUGUAAUGAAGGCUCAGAUGCCAUGUUUUACAUUGUCCUGGGCUACUUGGGGCUCCUGGCCACCAUCAGUUUCACUGUGGCUUUCUUUGCCAGAAAACUGCCUGAUACUUUUAAUGAAGCCAAGCUGAUCACCUUCAGCAUGCUUGUGUUCUGUAGCAUUUGGGUGUCCUUCAUCCCAGCCUAUCUGAGCACCAAGGGGAAAUACAUGGUGGCUGUGGAGAUCUUCUCCAUCUUGGGCUCUACUGCAGGUCUCCUGGGUUGCAUCUUCCUGCCCAAAUGCUACAUCAUUCUCCUGAACCCACAUCUGAACACCAAACAGCAUCUAACCAGGAGGACAGAUUAACAAUGAAUAAUUCUGUAAUUCAGCCUUUACCUGGUUACCAAAAACAUUCAUGGGAAAAGUCCAAAUAUUCAAGCUCGCAAACUUCAUCAUGCAAUUCAAUGCUAUUUCUUUUCUUUAUGUAUGUAACAUAUAUAAUCAAUUUCUAAGGCUUUAUCCGAGCUGUAGAACAGUUAAAUAGUGAAAUCCUAUACUGUAAUUUUUUGGCAUUUUUCUGGUGAUCGUGAGUAAUCUUAGGGGUGAUCUGAAAUAUUGAAGAAAGCCAGGAAUAUGUAAUUGAAGCUGUCCCUUUAAGGAAGUGUGCCUGUUCCAUUACAGGCUUGCCUUAUGAAACACUCUGACCCUAAUCUUUGGCAGACUUCUUCCAUCCUAGCCUUCCAUGCAGCUUUGAAGACCUGGCUUUUCCACCAAGUGCUGGGUCAGAUUAGCUGGCUGG